GGAAGCAUCGAAGGCGGGAUUUCCGCAGUUGAACUGUGAACUGCGGCCACGUUGUCACGCUGAGAAGGAGGAGUAAGCAGGAGAACCAGGAAGUCUUCUGCGAGCACAGUUGUAAUGCAGCUCUAAAACCCAGACACUUUUCAGAGAUGGCCCAUUUUAAAGAAGUAAACGAGCAGUCCGGUCUGCACCCUAAGCCAGCGGGCUUGGUUUUACAGUAUGGCACAGCUGGCUUUAGGACCAGUGCCAAUCAGCUGGACCACAUCAUGUUCCGGAUGGGUUUGCUGGCCACGCUCCGCUCCAAGAAGACCAAAGCCACCAUCGGAGUCAUGGUGACGGCGUCGCACAAUCCCGAGGAGGAUAAUGGGGUGAAGCUCGUUGACCCGAUGGGAGAGAUGUUGACGUCGUCGUGGGAAGGCUAUGCCACCCAGCUGGCCAACACCGAGCAGGAGGAGUUGCUUACAACGCUGAAGGAUAUCGUAGAGAAGGAGGCCAUCGACAUGAGCCAGGAGGCCAACGUAUUUGUGGGAAAAGAUACCAGGAGCAGCAGUGCCAGCCUUUCACAAGCGGUGUUGGAUGGAGUUAAAGCCCUUGGUGGUCACAGCAAAGACUAUGGUCUGGUGACCACUCCACAGCUGCACUACAUGGUGUGCUGCCAAAACACACAGGGGAAAUACGGAGAGGCAACAUUGGAAGGAUACUAUAGUAAACUCAGCCAAGCUUUCUCUCUGCUCGCCAAGAAUGCAUCUAAUCGCACGGAUGACCAGAAGCACCUUAGUGUUGAUGGUGCUAAUGGCAUCGGGGCCAUAAAGGUACGCGAGAUGGAGAGUCACUUAAAAAAAGACCUCCAGCUUUCCAUCUUCAACGACGGCAGCAGAGGAAAACUGAACCACCAGUGCGGAGCCGACUUUGUCAAAGUGCAGCAGAAGCUUCCAACAGGCAUCAAGAUCAACCCUGGAGAUCGCUGCUGUUCCUUCGAUGGUGAUGCUGACCGAAUAGUUUAUUACUACACUGACGCUCAGGGUCACUUCCACCUGCUCGACGGAGACAAGAUCGCUACUCUCAUCAGCACCUUUCUGAAAGAGCUGCUUAAUGAGGCUGGUCUUGACUUGAAGAUAGCUGUGGUGCAAACUGCGUAUGCAAAUGGCAGCUCAACAUACUACCUGGAGAACACCAUGAAGGUAAUUGUGAGGUGUACUAAAACUGGAGUGAAGCAUCUACAUCACGCAGCUAAAGAAUUUGAUAUCGGUGUCUACUUUGAGGCAAACGGCCAUGGGACUGUGUUGUUUAGUGAGGAAGCUGAGGAGAAAAUCCAGCAACUAGCCCACAACACCAACAUCAACGAUGAGAGGAAGAAAGCAGCUCUCCUGCUGCAAAAUACCAUCAACAUCAUCAACCAGACCGUAGGCGAUGCUAUUUCAGACAUGCUGCUGAUUGAAGCCAUUUUAGCCAUUAAAGGGAUGACGGUCCAGCAGUGGGACACCAUCUACAGUGACCUGCCGAACAGGCAGCUUAAAGUCAAGGUUUCUGACCGUAGGGUGAUAGAGACCGCCGAUGCAGAGAGGAAGGCCGUCACCCCAGCAGGGCUGCAGGAGGCCAUCGACGGCUUGGUGAAGAAGUAUAAACAAGCUCGCUCCUUUGUGAGGCCCUCUGGCACCGAGGACGUGGUGAGAGUUUAUGCAGAGGCAGACACCCAGGAGAGUGCAGAUGCGCUGGCUCAUGAAGUCAGCCUUGCAGUGUACGGCCUGGCAGGGGGAGUAGGGGAUGAACCCAAACCUUUGCAUUAGACUCUCACAGUGACGCUGCAUGAUGUUGCCAAAUCAACAUUUUGAAAGAAAUCUCAGUUAAUUAUUGUUCUCUAAAUCAGCUUUUUUAUAGAUUUUUUUUCCAGGGAGGUUUGUCAUAAUGUUUAACUGCUCUUUGUACUUUAUUAUGUCUUUCUCUAUAACUGUUAAAUGAUGCAUAACCUGGGACGUGGUGUUAAGGAUGAAAGUAUCGGGUACGGAAGUAGAUUUCUGUGUGAUAUCAAGGUUGCACUACACUGUAUAUAUGAACAGCAUGAUUAACGAAUCAAUUUAAUGUUUGAACUUAUUUCUAAUGAUUAAGCAUGCUUGAGCCAGGUGUCUUCAAAACAAAUCAAAAGUUUACAUGUCACUUAAAAAUACAUAGGUUUUCCUAAUAAAGUCGAAGUAGUAAAGAAA